AUGCAAAUGCCGAUGCCGAGGCAAUCCUUGAACAACAAAAACCACCACCGCCACCUUCUCCACCACUGUCUCCUCCUAUUGCUUACACUUGUAACAAGUGUUGUUUCAUCAGCAAAUAAUGAAGUUCUUGUCCUUCUCUCAUGGCUUCACAGUUCUCCUUCACCACAUUCUUCAUUUUCAAACUGGAACCCAUCAGACCCCAACCCUUGUAAAUGGUCCUACCUUACAUGUUCCCCUGAAAACUUUGUCAUCCAAAUCAAUAUUCAGUCCAUUGAGCUUGCUCUUCCAUUCCCAUCCAACCUUUCAUCUCUUAACUACCUUCAAAGCCUCACUAUUUCUGGAGCCAAUCUCACUGGAACCAUUCCAUUAGACAUCGGAGACAGCACCUCACUUACAGCCAUUGAUGUCAGUUCAAACAGUCUUAUGGGCAGUAUUCCAACAAGCAUUGGAAAGCUUCAAAGCCUCCAGGACUUGACAUUGAACUCGAACCAGUUUACUGGGAAAAUCCCAGCAGAGCUUGGUAAUUGCAUUAGCCUUAUAUAUCUCAUUCUAUUCGAUAAUCAGUUCAGUGGGGAUCUUCCAGCUGAACUAGGCAAACUUUCGAAUUUGGAGGUUAUACGAGCUGGAGGGAACAAAAAUAUUUCUGGGAAGAUUCCAGAUGAGCUUGGAAACUGCCAGAAUUUGAAGGUAGUAGGUCUUGCUGAUACUAAAAUUUCUGGUGCUAUUCCUGCGUCAUUGGGUAAAUUAAGCAAGCUUGAAACUUUGUCAGUUUAUACUACAAUGUUAUCGGGUGAAAUACCCCCAGAUUUAGGAAACUGUUCUGGGCUUGUCGACGUGUAUUUGUAUGAGAAUAGUCUCUCAGGUUCACUUCCACCAGAGUUAGGCAAGCUGCAGAAGCUAGUGAAGAUGUUACUAUGGCAAAACAAUCUCGUUGGGACUAUUCCUGAGGAAAUUGGUAAUUGCAGAAGCCUGAGGAUUAUUGAUGUAUCAUUGAAUUUUAUCUCAGGAAGCAUACCUGGGUCCUUUGGAAACCUCACACAGCUUGAAGAGUUGAUGAUUAGUAACAAUAACAUCUCUGGGUCAAUCCCACCAGUACUUUCCAAUGCCACAAACCUGUUGCAGUUGCAGGUAGAUACCAAUCAGAUAUCGGGCUCCAUUCCACAAGAGCUUGGGAUGUUGACAGAGCUAACAGUCUUCUUUGCCUGGGAGAACAAACUUGAGGGAAGCAUUCCAUCAGCAUUGGCUGGUUGCAGAAGCCUCCAAGCUCUUGAUUUAUCACACAAUUCCCUUACAGGUAGCUUACCUCCUGGCCUAUUUCAGCUUCAAAAUCUAACAAAGCUUCUCUUGAUUUCCAAUGGCAUUUCGGGUCCCAUACCCCGAGAGGUGGGCAACUGUAGCUCUCUUAUUCGGCUCCGAAUUGUAGAUAAUAAAAUUAGUGGACGAAUUCCAAACGAAAUAGGGCUUUUAGACAACCUCAGUUUUCUUGAUCUCUCCAAUAACAAUCUCAAUGGAUCAGUGCCAGAUGAGGUUGGCAAUUGCACAGAACUGCAAAUGCUGAACCUGAGUAAUAAUACAUUUGGAGACACCUUGCCAGGCUCUCUAUCUUCACUCAAUAAGCUCCAAGUAAUGGAGUUUUCUGGGAACAGGUUUGUGGGUCAGAUUCCAGUAAGUUAUGGCCAACUUACUUCCUUAAAUAGACUCCUACUUGGUAGAAAUAUCUUAUCUGGAUCGAUCCCCUCAUUGCUUGGCGGCUGUUCAAGUCUUCAAUUGCUUGAUCUUAGCAGCAAUGAGCUCUCUGGCACCAUCCCAGUGGAGCUGUUUAAAAUUGAGGCUCUUGACAUUGCUCUUAAUUUGAGUUGGAAUGCUUUAACCGGGGAAAUCCCUCCGCAGAUAUCGGCUCUAAACAAGCUAUCAGUACUUGACCUUUCACACAAUAAACUUGGAGGAGAUUUGAUGGUUCUUGCCGGGCUUGAAAACCUUGUGUCCCUGAAUGUUUCCUGCAAUAAUUUUACUGGCUAUCUCCCUGACAACAAGCUGUUCAGACAGCUAUCAGCUACAGACCUGUCUGGAAACCAAGGUUUGUGUCCUUGGGGCCAUGAUUCAUGUUUCUUGAGCAAUGCUGCAGGAAAGGGGAUGCCAAGCAAUAAGGAUGUUUGGGAGUCUAGGAGUCUCAAACUUGCCAUUGCGCUCCUCAUUAUUGUGACUAUAGCAUUGGCAAUUCUUGGGACAUUAGCAGUUUUUCACGUUAGAAAAAAGACUAAAGAAGAUAAUGAUUCCGAAAUUGGAGGGGAUUUCCUGCCUUGGCAGUUCACUCCAUUCCAAAAGCUGAAUUUCACAGUUGAGCAAGUUCUAAGAUGUCUAGUGGAAGCCAAUGUGAUCGGAAAAGGAUGUUCAGGGAUUGUCUAUCGUGCAGAACUGGAAAAUCAUGAAGUCAUUGCAGUGAAGAAGCUAUGGCCAAUGGCAAUGGCAUCUAGAUAUAGCUGUCAAAAUGACCAGUUAGGAGUUAAUGGAGGAGUUCGUGAUUCUUUCUCUACUGAGGUAAAAACCCUUGGUUCAAUCCGUCACAAAAACAUUGUUAGGUUCUUGGGUUGCUGCUGGAAUCAAAACACAAGAUUGCUAAUGUAUGAUUUUAUGCCUAACGGGAGCUUAGGCAGUCUCCUUCAUGAACGAAGUGGUGGUUGCUUGGAAUGGGACUUGAGGUAUAGGAUUGUCUUGGGGGCAGCUCAAGGCUUGGCUUAUUUACACCAUGACUGUACUCCUCCCAUUGUUCACAGGGACAUCAAGGCCAACAACAUUCUCAUUGGUCUGGAUUUUGAGCCAUACAUUGCUGAUUUUGGGCUUGCCAAACUAGUUGAUGAUGGAGAUUUUGCUCGAUCAUCCAGUACUAUUGCUGGUUCCUACGGUUACAUAGCUCCAGAGUAUGGAUAUAUGAUGAAGAUCACAGAGAAGAGUGACGUGUACAGCUAUGGUGUUGUCAUGUUAGAAGUGUUGACAGGGAAGCAACCAAUUGAUCCUACCAUACCAGAUGGGCAGCACAUUGUAGACUGGGUAAGGCACAGAAAAAGUGGUAUUGAGGUAUUAGACCCCAGCUUACGUUCCCGCCCUGAGUCCGAAAUUGAGUCGAUGGUGCAAACCUUAGGAGUGGCUUUGCUUUGUGUUAAUCCUUCCCCUGAGGAUAGGCCUACCAUGAAGGAUGUGGCGGCUAUGCUCAAGGAAAUAAGGCAGGAGAGAGAGGAGUCUGAGAAGGUUGACAUGUUUUUCAAAGGCUCUCAGGCAAAUGAUGGAGAAGAAAAUAAGAGUUCUGGUGGAGAGGCAUCGUCAAAAAAGCAGUGCUUGUACUUGCAAAGUAAUAGCUCAAGCUUUUCUGCAUCCUCACUGCUAUGA